AUGAAUUUCUAUUUGCUCUCAAAAGCUCUGGCCGCCACUUGUGUCACAAGCUCAGCUACAGCAGACGGCCACUUCGUCGAUAGUGCCAAACUAUUGAAGCAUUCACCGAUUCUUACUUCCUGCUACUUUGCUAAAGCAAACCUUUCCAUAGUCCCCUCCGAAAGGCUGCUCAGCGACACAGACCACCACUGUGUCAAGCAUGUUAAAUUUCCCUUUAUGGAGUCCUCUGGUCGAUCGUUCGCCGACUCGAAAGCACGAGUGAAUGCCCAACACCACUUGAAAGACUCUGCCUUUUCUUUUAUAUUUGAAUUUGGUUUCAUUAUUCGUCUCUUCUUUGGGGGUAUUCCAAUCGAUACUCCCCAACGUGUUUCACGCAGUGUUGGAAACACGUUAACCAGGGUACCUCCUAGCAAAAGGAGCCCAAAAGUGCUCUACAAUCCUGAUUUCGUCCAAAACGAAAUUAACUUUACUGCCCAUCCCUUCUACGCCCCCUUCUAUCGUGUGGAUCUCUCAUUGAUCUCGAGCUUGGCUAAAACUAGGCUAGCCUCAGCCAAGCAUUACAAAAAGAGUGUGAAAUUUUUUAAAAACCUCGAGAGCUGUUGCCUUUCCCAACCAAAAGCAGCAAGAGUAUCUUUUGCACCUAGCCCAGUGAAACAAAAUUUCAUCACUACUGAGCCGCCAAUUCUCGUUCAGUCGCUUCCUUCUUCUACAUCUACCAAGAGUGCGCUCAAGAAGUCACCAGGGCCGAGUGCUCUUCCAAGGGUCGAAUGGCAAGAGGUCAAUUUUGCUGGCUUUUACAAGCUUGUGGACAAAAUAUUUGCUGUGCUUGAAAAUGAAACAGACAGCGCAAGUUUCAACGCCAAAUUGAACUCGCUCUAUUCAGUGCUCUUGCGAGAGGUAGUACUGAAAGUAAAGGCCAACUACACUGGCUACGGCAACAAGCUUGAUCAUUUGAGAAGCUCUGUGUUAUCCGUACAUGGCAAUCUUCGAGGCUUACACAACGAGUUGGAGUGUAUUAACGAUGAAUAUGAAAGUGGAGAGUCAAUUAUUUUGAGACUUUGUAGCUUCAAAAAGAGAUUGACGCUAGCCAGCAAGCUGUUCAGCAAAUCUUCUCUACACUUUGCCAUUGCCACCAAGGAGGCCAAGAAGGCUCAAGCUUUAUUAUUUGAAGACAUAGUCAAGUGCCAGAAACUUUGUCACAAGGUCCAUUCUUGUCAAGCUGAUGUGAUCAGCUCCUUGACUUGCAACUCCGAUGCACUUCCGGGGGCAAUCCGUUUUAGCAAACAGACUUCUUUCAUUCAUCAGAUUAGACCUCAGCCAGUGACAGAAAGGUUUGUGAACUUGUUGGAUGAUACCAAUUUUUCUCUCAAUACGACCGAGAUGUUGUUGAAGUCGCUCAAAAACGUCUUCGGACAACUUCUGUGGAUCGCUACUCUCGCCAAUCAAGUCCAGAAUCCUCUGCAUGUAUAA